AUGCAACGCAGAGAUUCGUUCAGAACGGUACCCUUUAAACAUACACACAUGCAGCAGCAGCAGCAGCAGCAGCAGCAGCAGCAGCAGCAACAGCAGCUACAACAACCACAGCAUCAGAACCAGCAGCAGCAACAGCAGCAACAGCAGCAGCAGCAGGUAUCGGGGGGCCCCCUUCAGGACCCUCAGCAGCAAACCAGGGUAACGGGGGCCCUAAAACCUCCUUCACCUGUACCCUCAUCAGGGCGUCCAACAACACCAUCUGGGGGCCCCCCUGGGGGCCCCCCGUCUGUGGGGCCCCCCGCUACCGUCCCUGAAGGUGUUGGCGGGGGGGGGGCCCCUGGCGUCAGCGGAGACUGGGGGCCCCCCACGCUUGACGUUAUAGACCCUGAACUACGAUGCGGGCUGCUGGGGGGAGGGGUACAGGGAGAGGGGGGGGGGCCCCCGCCGCCGCAGGGCCCCUGCAGCAGCAGCAGCAGCAGCAGCAGCAGCAGCAGCCACAAACUGCCGUUUGAGUUUGCUGCUCUCGAAUGCAUUUUUUUUGCUGCGUUUCAGCAGCUUAAUGCAGAUAUUCUUUAUCUAGAAGGUAAAUACGGCGAGGCCCAGCAUAGAACACGCACAAAGGGAGAGCUGUUGUCUCUCUUAAUGGAGGAUUUGCAUGCGCUCAAGGAGCCUAUAUCUCUAUACCAAGACCGUGUGGAUGCGUUCGAUAAAGCCUUUGAUGAGCUCAUCAGCAACAACACAUAUCUGCAGCGCAUGGAGCUCUCUAAGUAUGCGCGGCACCCAAACCUAUAUGACGAACCCACAGACAAAGAGGCAGUCAACCCGGACCUUGAGAUUCUGUUAGAGUACUUCGAUCAGGAAAUAGACCAGGCAAGGGUUUAG